AUGGCACAAGACCAUGUGAGCACCAUCAAGUACGAGUACAAUCCAGGUAGAUACUACUACUCCGUGGUCGCGUCUACUACUACUCCGCGUCGCGUCUACUACUACUCCGUGGUCGCGUCUACUACGCCUCCGCGUCGCGUCUACUACUACUCCGUGGUCGCGUCUACUACGCCUCCGAGGUCGCGUCUACUACUCCUCUGUGGUCGCGUCUACUACUCCUCCGCGUCGCGUCUACUACUCCCCCGCGUCGCGUCUACUACUGCUUCGUGGUCCCGUCUAUUACACCUCCGUGGUCGCUUCUACUACUCCUCCGUGGUCACGUCUACUACUACUCCGUGUCGCGUCUACUACUCCUCCGUGAUCGCGUCUACAACUCCUCCGCGUCACGUCUACUACUACUCCGUGGUCGCAUCUACUACUCCUCCGUGGAUAUGUCUACAACUCCUCCGCGUCGUGUCUACUACUACUCAUCCGCGUCGCGUCUACUACUACUCCGUGGUCGCGUCUACUACGCCUCCGAGGUCGCGUCUACUACUACUCUGUGGUCACGUCUACAACUCCUCCGCGUCGCGUCUACUACUACUACGUGGUCGCGUCUACUACUCCUCCGCGUCGCGUCUACUACUCUUCCACGUCGCGUCUACUACUCCUCCGCGUCGCGUCUACUACUACUCCGUGGUCGCGUCUACUACUCCUCCGUGGUCACGUCUACAACUCCUCCGCGUCGCGUCUACUACUCCGUGGUCGCGUCUACUACUCCUCCGCGUCGCGUCUACUACUACUCCGUGGUCCCGUCUACUACGCCUCCGUGGUCGCGUCUACUACUCCCUUGCGGUGGCGUCUACUACUCCUCCGUGA